AUUUUUCAGUGCCAAUAUUUUCUCAGUUGUUAGGUCAAACCGGACCACUUUCCCUUCACGUGGCUAGGACUUCUAGUGCCUGAUGGAAAGAAGCAAAUCAAGAACGGAUUUGCCGAUUCAUGCCCCCCAUGGACAGACAUCAUCAAGUUAAGACGCACGAUCUUUUAAGGACACAGCGAGGGAGAGCUCUAUCAGAGGAGAGAAAAGGGAAAUGGAAGAGGAAGCACGGAACUUCAUCAGCGUGUGGCUCACGGUCCUCGCGUGCGUGUGCUACUGCUACUUCGUCUCCUCCAGCCUCCCGCCGGGCAAGCUCCGGCUCUUCUCUCUCCUCCCCGUCUUCUCCCUCUUCGCCGCCCUCCCUCUCCGGCUCUCCACUGUCCUCCCCACCGGCGUCACCUCCUUCUUCGUCACCUGGCUCGCCUCCUUCAAGCUCCUCCUCUUCUCCUUCGGCAAGGGCCCCCUCUCCUCCAGUCCCGGUUCCCAUCCCGACCCAUCGAAGUCCCUCUUCCUCUUCAUACUCUUCACGUGCUUCCCCAUCAAAAUCAGGCAAACGCAAGACUACCCAUCUCCCCAAACCCCCAAAUUGCCCCUCAAUUUGCCCUCAAAACUGCUCCUUUUCGGGAUCUCAAUCCUUGUGUACGACCACCAGGACAAGCUGCUACUGCAGGGGCAUCCGAAGCUGGUUCUGCUUCUCUAUUCGUGCAUGCUUUAUCUCUACGUCGACAUGAUCAUGGGGCUGAGCAACGCCGCCGCGCACGCCGUCCUCGGCGUCGAGCUUCAGAUGCCCUCCGACGAGCCCUACCUGUCUACGUCACUCCAAGAUUUCUGGGGCAGGAGGUGGAACCUCACCGUGACCAACGCCCUGCGGCACACCGUGUACAAGCCCCUGAAGUCGUUCCUCGAACCGCGCUUGCGGGCCGCGUGGGCGGCGGCGGCGGCUGCGGUCAUGGCGGCGUUCCUCGUGUCCGGGCUGAUGCACGAGCUGCUGUACUACUACAUGACACGCGCGAGGCCCACGUGGGAGGUGACGGAGUUCUUCGUGCUGCAGGGGUUGUGCGUGGUGGUGGAGGUGGUGGCGAAGGCGGCGGUGGGGGAGAGGUGGAGGCUGAGCAGGGCGGUGUCGACGCCGCUGACGGUGGGGUUCGUGGCGGCGACCGCCAUGUGGCUGUUCUUCCCGCAGCUGAUCAGGAACGGUGCGGACGAGAGGGCCAUUAAAGAGUGCAAGGCUUUGGUGGAGCGGCUGACGCCCAACUUCUGACACGCGGUACGAGGCAUUCGGGGUAAAUUUAAUGUGGACAACGUUGUUCUUACGAAAUCGGUUAGUCACAUUUCAAGAAUUUUCAAAGCUAACACUGGUUCCUCAAUUACUGGGAAAAAAAAAUUGACAUUGGUCUUUAAGAAAACACAAUCUUUUAUCUAUGUAUAUGUUUUUCACAAUGUAAUUGAUUAUGUUUGACUUUCACUACAUCUGCAUUCAAUGAAUCGAUAUAAAAAUUAACCCAGAUAAUUGCUCAUCAUAAUCUUUUUUGAUACUCAUUAUUCCAUUGAUCAGGAUAAUGAUUGCAGUCCUUUAUUCCCAAUGAUGCUUUUCUUUUGUCUAUUGGUCGUGCAAUUAGACCUAGCUAGAAGAUUAUAUAAUUGUCUUAAUGUGGUGUAGCAUUGUUAUCAUAUGUAUAGAAAUACGAUUUGCUCUUC